ACAUUUGAGUAGUGUAAUGUUUGAAGUUAUGCUUUAAUGUUUUAUAAAAAUCACAAUUAAAUAUCUAGACUCUACGGUAGGCUAGACGCUGUAGCUCUCGUUUUGUUAACGUGGUUUACAAACCGUAAUAAUGGCUUAUGUUAACAUUUUGAAAACCCUGCUGCACCGAAAUCUGAAACACACGCAGUUCUUUGUGCAGCAAUGUGGUUUCGCGCAGGUCGUGAGGAGGACGUUGUCCACGAGCACAUCAUCGGGACUGGUCCUCUUCAGGACAGAAAAGCUUCCUGCUUCAAGAUGUCCCUCUGCGGCUCUUCACUGUUCGGCCAGGAACCGGAGCAGCCCGGAGGAGAGAGACAGGGCGGUGUCCAGGACCCGGUAUCAGAGCGAGAGUCCCAAACCUACAGCUGGCCAGAAAGUGAAAGAAGCUGGUCGAGACUUCACCUACUUCAUAGUUGUGCUCAUCGGGCUGGGCGUGACGGGUGGGUUGUUGUAUGUGGUUUUUCAGGAACUGUUUUCUUCCAAAGGCCCAAACAAAGUUUAUGGAAGAGCCUUUAACAAAGUCAAAUCACACCCAGAGGUGGUUGGUGCAUUUGGAGAACCAAUCAAGUGCUACGGUGAAACUACCCGUCGGGGAAGGAGGCAGCAAGUUAGUCAUGUAGAGUACCUGAAGGAUGGACUGAAGCACAUGAGAAUGAAAUUUUACAUUGAAGGCUCGGAGCCAGGCCUGAAAGGAACUGUACAUUCAGAGUCAAAAGAGAACCCUGAAACUGGAAAAUUUGAGUUUCGUUAUAUUUUUGUGGACAUGGACGUCUACCCCAAGCGGACCAUUAUUGUAGAAGACAACAGAUGAAUUCUGCCAUUCAGAAUCGACAUUUUCAAAAGGAAAAUAAUAUCCAUUUGCAAAGCAGGUGGCAUUUGAAUUUAAACUUUUUUGUUAAAUCCGAACAGCUAUGGGUAAUUUUUCUGGCACAGCAAUAUGUGAUGUAAAACAUGAUGAACAGCUAAGUACCAGUUCCUUGUGUGCCAAUAAUUCAUGUUGUACUACAGAGGCUGUUAACAUUUGGUAAAACUGAGAUGUUUUAAUUAUUAUGAAAGGGUAAUUGUGUGUCACAUGCUCAGGAACAAAAAUACAACAAAGAAAUCCACCUACAGUGUUUUCCUUUUUUCCUCUGAAAAUGUUUUCUUGUAAAAUUAAUAGUUUUUUUUUUUUUUUUGCUUCACCGAGUUUAAUUUUCAUGAUUCUGUAAUUACAGUAUAGUUAGUCAUUUUAGCAAUUGUAAAUGAAUUUGCCAUCUUAAAAACAAGUUUCAGUGUUAUUAGGUCCUUUUCAUUAUAGUCUUUGAAGUCUGCAUUUUUUAGACUGUAGUUUUCCACAUUGACCAUAAGAUGGCAGCAAAGAAUAAAAUACAAAAUAAAAAAAAAUUUUCGUCUCAA